AUGUCUCAAGUCUCAGGAAAGCAAGACUCCAUCAAAGGCAAGAUUGAGAAGACAUCUUCUGGAGUCAAGGUUAUUGGCUUGAAUGCGCAAUCCUCCGCUCAUUCCAAGAAGGCCUAUGCAAGAAAGGAUUCAAGAACUCAUGCCAGCAAGCGCUACAUGUCGAGUACGAGAUCUCAAGGCACUCGUGACUCACCUGUGCUUGAGGAUGUUUCUCAUGAAAUUUCCUCUGCGGAUGAAGAGGCAGAUGUUGAGGCUUCUGCUCCUCAAACUGAAGUUCCUGAGAUGAACUCAGAACCAGAGAAUGAAGCUCACGAGGAGGUUUCUUUUGAGGAGUCUACCAAGUCUCCUCCAUCUGUUCAUGAAAUUUCAGAUGCUGAUGACUCAGAUGAUGUUCCUCUAGCAAGUGUUGCUGCCAGGAUGAAGAAGAGAAGAAGAGUUCCUGUUGAAGACACCCCCUCUGGUUCACAAAAGAAGGCCAAAUCCACUACGGAUGUGAAGAGCAAAGGUAAACAAAAGGUUGUGGAUUCCUCACACAAGAAGGUAAAGAAAACUGCUGAGAAGAAGAAAAUUCCAAGGAUUGAUUUGGAAUCUGAGUCUGAUGUUGAAGUCGAUGUUCAGGACAUUCGGACUUCUGAAAAGAAGAAAUUCUCUGGUAAGCGAAUUCCAUCAGAUAAUGUUCUCAAGUGGAAAUAUGUUUGCAACCGCCGGAUUGCAAAAGAAAGGGAGAUUGGCAAGGAUGUGCUUGAGUGUAAGAUGAUUAUUGCUCUCAUUGACCAUGCUGGUCUAAGGAAGACAGUCAUGGAUAUUAGAAAGUGUUAUGAGAAGCUAGUGAAAGAGUUCCUAGUUAAUUUGACAGAUGAUGUUGUUAUUCCUGGAAGUGCUGAAUUCAGGAAAGUUUAUGUUCGAGGGAAGUGUGUAACUUUUUCUCCUGUUGUGAUCGACCAAGCCCUUGGAAGAUGUGCAGUGGAGUUUUUUGAGGAAGAAUUGUCUUUGGACAAGGUUGCCAAGGAACUCACUGCUGGACAAGUGAAGAAGUGGCCUGCUAAGAAGCUUUUAUCUACAGGGUUGUUGAGUGUGAAGUAUGCUAUUCUGAACAGGAUAGGAGUUGUGAAUUGGAUUCCCUCUCAUCAUACCUCUGCUGUUUCUGCAAUUUUUGCCAAGCUGAUCUACAGGAUUGGAACUGAGAUUCCUUUUGAUUUUGGCUCCUUAGUGUUUGCUCAAACUUUAAAACAUGCAGAAACUUGUGCUGUAAAGCUGCCCAUUUCUUUUCCUUCGCUCUUGACUGCUAUCAUUCUGAAGCAGCAUCCUGAUAUACUCAGAAUGGAUGAUGUGGCUUUUCCUAAGGGUACCCCCAUCACUUUGGAUCAUCAUCUGUUCCUGGAUCCCCAUGUCCUGGACAUUGAUAUGCCAUCCCACAUGACAUCAAUUCCUGUUUCCAUGUAUGCUUCUGGAACUCAAAGUGUGAUUGCUGAAUUGGAGGAUCUCUCAAAGGAGCUGCAGGUGUCUAUCAAGGUUACUACUGAGAGAAAAUUGAAGGUGGAUGCUUUGCUUCUCAAUCUUAAAGAGGAGGCCGGUCAUGAGGAUGUUGCUGAGGAGGAAGGAUCUGAAGACCUUGUAGAGGAGACUUCAUCUUCUGGCAUUUAA